AGAAGAAGAAGAUGGCGUCGUCAAAGGACGUCAGGUCAGCGGCAGGGAAAAGACAUGAUAUUGGUCUUACUGAAUGUAAAGACUUAAACGAACUGGACUAUGCAUGGAAGGCAAAUUACAAUCAAAGAGCCUUGCUGCUCAGGAUAUUAUGCCUGAGCCAUUCAAAAGACAAAAAAUGUUCAAUGUCACAGUCCAGUACAAUUGAAAGUGUAAAAUUUUUUUCCAAAGAAAAGGAACAGUCUGAGGCUUCAUAUCUGAUGUAUGAUUGUUAUAAUUCCUUCCAUCAACUAUCCUUGGAUAAUUUUUAUAAAUAUAUAGACAGUUUUUUAAAAUCGUUUGAGAAUUCUGAAAUAAGUGAGGAUUAUUGGAAGGAGAUUGUUAACUGCUUGGAACUCUUUGACUAUAAGUAUGAAAAAAUUGAGGGAGUAGAAUUCUGGUCAUCUGAAAAAAGUCCAAAGACUGAUGAGGACUUGGUAGAAGCAUUUGGAAAGAUGUCUUUAGAACAAACAGCAUAUGUAUCAGCAUUUGUGCAAGCAUUACGGACUGAUAUGAAGAACGGCCAUGCUAAAAUGUGGAUAGAUGAAUUGAUAAAAAUCCUUUUGAAAUGUGUCGGUGCUGAUGGGUCAGCUGACGUAAGUGGUUUUGCUCCAGUUCAGUAUGACAACACCAACACUGUCAUGGAAAUUGUUUUUGGUGAUUUAGAUAAUUCAAUUACUCAGAUGGAGUAUAAUGCAGAACCCUAUUUUAGCAGUUCAUUCAGUAAUUCUUCAUCUUUAGUAAGCAGCCUUUCAUCUUUAAAUCUCGAAUCAACAAGAUUAACUGAAGCAGCUGAUUUAGCACCAGAAGUACAUCCUGUACAUUUAUCACAACCACACAAGAAAGUUGUGCCAGAUUUUUGUGUUGCCCUUCCAGCCUUUCCUGGUAUGUUCCCAUUAGUAUUUGAACUGAAACCUGCCUAUCAGGAGUCACAUGGACUUGUUCAAAACAUUCAACAAAUGUUGUCUAAACUGUUCUUCCAAGAUAUUGUUUUUGGCAUUGUUGUCUCACCUAGAUCAUUUCAACUAUCAGUUAUUAUAAAAAAGGAUAAAGAUCUUCAUUUUGCAAGUACACCCAGUAUGACAUUUAGAGGUAUUCAGAAUCCACCAAAACUUGAUUUGAAAGAGUUAAAUACAAUGUGUACCUUCAUAUUCAGAGUCUUAAAAUGGGCCAGGAAAUCAAAAUGCAUGAUCAAAACCAAAGACAGCUGUGAGUUGGAGAAAAAAUCUGAAAAGUCACUAUGAAAACUUAAAGUCAUAUGAAACGAGUUGUAGAAAAAAAAGUUGAACAUGAUUUUUUUAACUAAAUAGUAAGUUUAUAGUAUAAAACUUUUAUCCAUACACUUGUUUUUGUGAAAACUCUUAUAUUUCAAUGUAAAACUUCAUGAAAUGUACGGCUUCUGAAUUAUUUACUUCCAGUGAGUAAUUGUUCCGAGAUUCACCGAAUGCUUUUCGGUAUGCAUGAUUUCUCUCGUAAACAAUGUGAAAGCCGUUACUGCGCAAGUAAAAUUGAAAGUGAAAGUAGAUAAAUCAACACAGCUUAAUUGUCACACUAAUAAAGCACGUGAUUUUUUAGCACGCUUUUGUCAAUUGUUUGUCAAUAUUAACGUGUCGGAGAACAUCGGAAGGUUUUCUCGGACUUUAAUAAGCAAAGAUGGUUUCCAUAUAAAAUCAACGAACACAUUAUUUUGUUUGUAAAUUACACGUUACAGACUCAAUAUAAAAAGUGAAAAUAUAUUACAAAGGUCUUAGUUUAGUGUAUGUGCAUGUAUUGGACGAAUAAUUUAGUGAACAUAAUUUUUUCCACCAACUCGUUUCAUAUGACUUUAAGGUAGAUGAGGUGUAUAGAUUUUUCUGAAACUUCUUUAAAAGACCUCUGGGUCAAUUUCUUUCAACUUUAAAAAUCUGGGGGUCACUGGUCUUUAAUAAUACAUUGAAAUUAACAGAAAUAACAGUUUUUUAUAUGGGUUUAUUCUAUAUAUAUAGGGGAGAACUUAUUUUUUCUAAUUGAGAAAUAUUAGAUGACAGAAUUUGUUUAACUUCAAGGGGGAAAUAAUUUCAAAAUAUCAAAUACAAAUGGAGAGUAACAGGCCUUAUUUUCUUGACAAAUUAAAAUAAAUAUGAUUUUUCCUAUCAAAUUCAAUUUAAUUACGUGGGGUAUUUUCCAUUGAUUUUAGAAUUAUUUUUUUUUUCGAAAGCUUAAAAUAUGCUAAACAACACUUAUUUAAAAAAAGAAGAAUCAAUAAAUUUCAAGAAUAAAAUAUUCUGUUUCAUUUUAAUUAUUAUCAUAAAAUAUUUCUAAACAAAUUUUUUUUCAACAUGCGCAGCAGAGAUGCUCAGAAAUAAACAUCCCAUCUACCUUAAUUAAUCACUGAUGCCUUUCACAGAUAUUUGUUUUUCAGUUGUGACACAAGCAGUUGAUAACAACAUUCUGUUAUCUACUUGUUGUGUGCAAGGUAAGGGGGGAACCUCUAGUUAGGUUCGAUGGACUUUCACUAAGUUUAACAUCUGAGGUCUGAUUUCAGCUUUUAAUUGAUGAAGAAUCAUGUAAAAUGGUACAGGGAUGUAUCUUGGGAUGUCCUAUCCUUCCUACAUUAACCUAGUAUAUUUUGAAAAUCAUAUCCUUCCUUGCAUGAUUGUCCAUUGUAAACUUCUUUAAAAAUCCACGCACUGGCAGGAUUUUUAGGAAACUUGGUUCUGAUGUUCCUAGGGGUACAUGUAUCUAGUUUGAUUCUUCAAAAAGAUGGCAGCCAUGUCUAAGACUUACUGACACCUGUGUUUUAUGCUCCCAGAACUGAAAGUUGGGGGGCAUAUUGUUUAACUCCUGUCCAUCCGUCUUUCUGUCUGUCCGUCCCAUUAUAGGUAUAGAGUCAUUCCUGAUAACUCCUCCUACAGUUUGUAUGAUAGGAAGUUUUCACUUUGCUGGCUGUUUAUACAUAUAUUGAAGGUGUGCAUGUGGUCAGGGUUUUGAUUUUUAUUAAUAUUUGCUCUUUUUGGAGAUAGUUGAACCAAAGGGCCAUGUGAGCUUAUGCCAUCACUGCGUCUGUUGUCAUCGUAAACUAUUUCAAAGAUCUUCUCCUCUGAAAAUAUUGGGCCAAAUACUUCCAAACUUUAACUGAAUGGUCCUUAGGGUAUCUAAUUUGUAAAUUGUAUCCGAACUUUUGAUCCUUCAACAAACAUAGCCACGGUGGCAAAAAAUAGAACAUAGGGGUCAAAUGCAGUUUUUCGCUUAUAUCUCAAAAACUAAACCAUUUAAUGCAAAUCUGACAUGGGUAAAAAUAUUCAAUACUGGUCAAGAUCUAUCAGCCCUGAAAUUUUCAGACGAAUCUAACAAUUCAUUGUUGGGUGGCUGCCACUAAAUUGGUAAUUUUAAGAAAAUUUUGCAGUUUUUGGUUAUCUUGAAUAUCAUUGAAGAUAAAGAUAAACUGUAAACAACAAAAAUGUUCAGCAAAAUAAGAUCUACAAAAAAAGUUUGUAUGACCAAAAUUGUCAAUUAACAUCUGAAGGAGUUAUUAUCUUUUAAAGACAAUUUUACACUAUUUAUUCAUCAUACUUGCUUAAAUUUUAAAAUCUUCUCCUCUGAAACUACUGGGCCAAAUACUCUCAAACUUUAACUGAAUGUUCCUUAGGGUAUCUUAUUUGUAAAUUAUGUCUAAAGUUUUGAUCCAUCAACAAACAUGGCUGCCAUGGCUAAAAAUAGAACAUUGGGUCUAAUGCAGUUUUUAGCUAAUAUCUCAAAAACUAUAGCAUUUAGAGCAAAUUUAGCACAGAUAAAAUCUAUCAGCCCUGAAAUUUACUGAUAAAUUCAACAACCCAAUGUUAAAUUGUCAAUUUUAAGAACAUUUUGCAGUUUUUGGUUAUUAUCUUGAAUAUUAUUGAAAAUAAAAAUAAACUGUUAACAGCAGAAAUGUCCGGCAAAGUAAGAUCUAAAAAUAAUCAAUAUGGCCAACAUUUAAAUGGUAUUUUAAAGCAAAAAUAAUAAUUGAUGAAAGGUUUAAGCAAAAGGUUACAGGUGAGCACCUCCUUAUUUGGAGUAUAUACUUGCAUAAGAGGUGCUGGCAUUUCCAGAUAACUCGAUCCUCCUACAGUUUCAAUGCUAGGAAGUUUUCACUUUGCUGGCUGUUCAUACAUAUAUUGAAGGUGUGCAUGUUGUCAAUUGACAUUUAAUUUAUUCAGGGUUUUGAUUUUUGUUAAUAUUUGCUCUUUUGGGAGAUAGUUGAUCUUUGUCAUUUUUGGAGUAUAUACAUGCAUAACAGGUGUAUAACAUUUCCUAAAUAAGACUACAUCUGUGGGGACAUCAUCUGUUUCACUUGAACACAAUAAUAUCUCAAAGAAAGUCCUACAUUGACAUCAGAGUGGAGUGUGGGGACAUAUCACUUUGUCUAGUCUGAUAUAGUGUUAAAAUUGUUUUUCGUCCUGAUCAUGCAUGACAUAUUUGUUGCUGGAUGUUAAGCAAACAUCAUUUAAUCAAUUUUAUUCACAUAUGUGUUAAAUAUGUUUUUCUUCCUUUUUAGGAUGUUUAUAUGACUUCUAUGAUAAAUAUGAAUUUUUGUAUAGGAGAAGCCAAUGAAUUAUAUAUAAAUAGGCAGGUGUUGCAUCAGAUUAAUUUGUUGUAAAACUUAAUUUGAAUAAGUUUAUGUUACUAUGUUGUUGAUGUUUACUUUAUUGAUUAUGUUGACUGAUUUUUUAUAAUUUAUAUGUAAUUAUUAUAUAAAUAUGUUCAUAUACACACAAAUAAAUAAAUUGUAUGCUUUAUUAGGGUUUUGUUAUUGUGACAAAAUAAUUCUACAAGAUAAAAAUGAGAUAGUAUAUUAGUAGUCACGUGUUGUACGGAACGAACAGCUAAUGAAUAAAACGAUCUCGGAAGACUUUUGAUUUCUCAGAAACUGUAUUGCAAUCUAGAACUGUAUUGCAAUCAAAUACUACCAUACAUUAAGCUAUUUUAUUGGUACAUGUAAUAAGUUCUUCUCCACGUUAAACAAAUUUAAAAAAAGAAGAGAAUAACGAGUAAUGUGCAUGUCAUUUAAGAAAAUGUAUGUCAAAAAUGUCUAAACCAGUUAAAAAGUUAAAAACGGUUGCUUGAUAAGUUAAAUAAUUGUAUUUUGAUACAGUCAUAAUGCGUUAUUACCUUUGUUUUUUUCCAACGAACCGUACUGUAAAUUUAGGAAAACGCACAACGAACAUACACAAAAAUUUCAACGAACCAUACAGUAAACAAAAUUAUGAAGUUAUCAAUUUUACAAAAUUCAUAAUGAUUACAAUAAAAUGAACAGGUCUAGUAUAUUCUUGAGAAAAAUAUGCUUUAUGCAGGCAUAUAAGUUUUUAUCUAGAGUUAUAUGUAUUCAAUUUUAAGGCAUAUUUAUGGCUGUUUUUGGAUGUUUGUUUGUAAACUUAAGUGCGUUUUUCAGAAUGUCAUUUUCAGGUUGAGUUAAAAUGGAAUUGAAAAACAUAUAUAGUUAACUGAACAUGUAAACAUUGUGUACAACACAGUUUUGUGUUUAAAUUUUGUACAUACAUGGGCUUAUUUUCAAUAUAGAAUAUCUACUCUCAUCAACUUGUUGUUGUUCAUCGCUUCAGAACGCACAACGUCCGGAAUCAACUGUAUGUCGGUUAUACCCUGUGUAUACAUUGUAAUUGAUAAAAAAGGUAUCUAAGUGACCAUAUGUUCAAUAGUUAAAUUUGAAUAAUUGACCUCCCCUUUUUAGGAGUUUUGUAUUUUGAUUGGUCAAUUAUUUAGGUAUACAUUAAAUGAUUUGUUCAGAUUGAGGAAGAAUUAGGAUAGAGGAAAACUUGCUAGAUUGUUGAGGAUAAUGAACUUUGUGUAAUUCGAAGAUUUUAUAAUGUAGACUUUGAUCACAUCAUGGUGACUUAAUUGUGAAUUCCUAUAUGACUUGUGUUGUAAAUAUGAAUGCUAUAUCUAUUUGAAUAAUUAAUAUACAAUCAUCAA